AUGGGAAAUUUUUUAGAAACACUUUCAGAUAAAUCAUUUAUGAAUCUAUAUCAUCAUAAUGAAUAUUUUACAAUCAAAGAUUUCAAUGAAUAAUAUUUGAAAACAUUUGAGUAAAUUUUAGAAAUAUUCUACAAGCAAAACAUAAAUUGAUCAAUUCUACACAGCAUUUGACUUUCAAAAUUACAUACUACACAAAAAAGCUGAAAAUCAAGUGUUUGUAGAUCUACUCAAAGUUAUUAAUGCCGAUUGGAUAUUCUAAAGUCCAAAAAUAAUCUUGUUAAUUAAAAAGUCAUUUUUCACAUUCUAUUUUUAUGAAGUGGCCUUCCAAUCAAACUUAAACGAAUAUAAAUUAUGUCUUAAUACUGAUGAUUAACGACACUGCAUUCAAAUAUUAAAUUAAAAAUAAUUAGCCUUAUAUGAAUAGCAAAGAGAAAAAAUGAAAUUUUCAACUGAAGAAGUAAAAAAAUUAUGA